AUGAAAGUGAUAUUCGCCACUACUUGUCUUAUUGUGAUAAUCACCGCUGAAGUGACUGAUUAUGAGCAAUGGAUCUCUUUUAAGGCACGACAUUCCAAACAAUAUAAAAUCACAGAAGACAAACUAAGAUUCCAAAUUUUCCAAGACAACCUACGCGAAAUCGAAGAGCACAACGCAAUGUACACCAAAGGAGAAGUAGGAUGGUUUAAGGGUGUCACACCAUUCGCCGAUUGGACCAAAGAAGAGUUUGAGGCACUAUUAACACGUCAAGCUGCCUCCAGGCCCAAAUUGAACGAGAGUUUAGGAGUGUAUAUUGCCGAUCCAAAUGUCAAUUUGCCCGCAUCUGUGGAUUGGAGGAACGAAGGGGCAGUAUUACCUGUAAGAGAACAAGGUUUUUGUGGAUCAUGUUGGGCGUUUAGUACAGUUGGAGCUCUAGAGGGACAAGCAGCAAUUCACAAAAAACAAAAAAUUCCUUUGAGUACACAAAAUCUCAUCGACUGCUCUGAUAAUGACGGUUGUGGAGGUGGUGAUCAAGUGAGAGCUUUUCAAUACGUUCAAACAGAUGGUAUUAGCUCUGAAGCAGACUAUCCAUAUAUUGAAGAUGACGAUCAGAUGUGUCAAAAAAAUGUUAAAAAAUCGAUUACUUCUCUCUCUGGGUACAAACAUCUAAAUCCAACCGAGGAAGAUUUAAUUUCUGCUAUUGCUACCGUGGGACCAAUCUCUGUCUCAGCUAUUUCAAACAUGUGGUCAUUAUAUGCAGGAGGCAUUUAUGAUAACAGGGAUUGUGGAACCAGACUCAAUCAUGCUUUAGUUGCUGUAGGUUACGCAGAAGAGUACAUUCUGCUAAAAAAUUCUUGGGGAACAGACUGGGGAGAGGAUGGAUAUAUAAAAGUUGCAAGAGGGCAUAACGUAUGCCAAAUUAAUAAAGACAAUUCUUAUCCUAUUUUGUAAAUGAAAUUUAAAUUUAAUGUUGUUAAUUGUGUCAACCUAAUUAUGGGCCAAUAACAAUGCCAA